AUGAACGCCCACACAUUUAAUACGGUAGGAAAUGUCGAUAUGUACAAAAGUACUUAUGAACAAAAACAAAUUGUUUUUCACACUGAAUAUUGUUUGCUUGAUACUUUAAUGGAGUCGAUGGAAACAGGGAAAAUUGAUGAUGUGCGAGAUGAAAAUAACUACAUAUGGUUUCUUAAUAAAAGGUUUCACUGA